UGCCCAUGCGGCCCUAGGGCUGGGACCGCGGUGCCGCUCCGCUGCGGGGAGGCCAUGGCGGAACCAUCCCAGGCCUCGACCCCUGCCCCAGCUGCGCAGCCCCGGCCCCUUCAGUCUCCGGCCCCAGCCCCAACUCCGACUCCUUCGCCCAGUCCGGCUUCUGCCUCCACUCCGGCUCCCACCCCGGCGCCAGCCCCCGCCCCAGCUGCAGCCCCGGCUGGGAGCACAGGGGCUGGGGGCCCCGGGGUAGGAAGUGGGGGGACUGGGGCUGGGGGCGAUCCAGCUCGGCCUGGCUUGAGCCAGCAGCAGCGUGCUAGCCAGAGGAAGGCGCAAGUCCGGGGACUGCCGCGUGCCAAGAAGCUCGAGAAGCUUGGGGUCUUCUCGGCUUGCAAGGCCAAUGAAACCUGCAAGUGUAAUGGCUGGAAAAAUCCCAAGCCCCCCACCGCACCACGUAUGGACCUCCAACAGCCAGCUGCCAACCUGAGCGAGCUGUGCCGCAGCUGUGAGCACCCUUUAGCUGACCAUGUGUCCCACCUGGAGAAUGUGUCAGAGGAUGAAAUUAACCGGCUGCUGGGCAUGGUGGUGGAUGUGGAGAACCUGUUCAUGUCUGUUCACAAGGAAGAGGACACAGACACCAAGCAGGUCUAUUUCUACCUCUUUAAGCUCCUGCGGAAAUGCAUCCUGCAGAUGACCCGGCCUGUGGUGGAAGGGUCCCUGGGCAGCCCUCCAUUUGAGAAGCCUAACAUUGAACAGGGUGUCCUGAACUUUGUGCAGUACAAGUUUAGCCACCUGGCUCCCCGGGAGCGGCAGACAAUGUUUGAACUCUCAAAGAUGUUCCUGCUAUGCCUUAACUAUUGGAAGCUUGAGACCCCUGCCCAGUUUCGACAGAGGUCCCAGUCCGAGGAUGUGGCUACCUACAAGGUCAACUAUACCAGGUGGCUCUGUUACUGCCACGUGCCACAGAGCUGCGACAGCCUGCCCCGCUAUGAGACCACCCAUGUCUUUGGACGAAGCCUUCUGCGGUCCAUCUUCACGGUCACCCGCCGGCAGCUACUGGAAAAGUUCCGAGUGGAAAAGGACAAGCUGGUGCCCGAGAAGAGGACCCUCAUCCUCACUCACUUUCCCAAGUUCCUGUCCAUGCUCGAGGAGGAGAUCUAUGGGGCCAACUCUCCCAUCUGGGAGUCAGGCUUCACCAUGCCACCCUCAGAGGGGACGCAGCUGGUACCCCGGCCAGCUACGGUCAGUGCUGCGGUUGUUCCCAGCACCCCAAUCUUCAGCCCUACCAUGGGUGGGGGCAGCAACAACUCCCUAAGUCUGGAUUCCACAGGGGCUGAGCCCAUGCCAGCAGGUGAGAAGAGGAAGCUUCCAGAGAACCUGACCCUGGAGGAUGCCAAGAGGCUUCGUGUGAUGGGCGACAUCCCCAUGGAGCUGGUCAAUGAGGUCAUGCUGACCAUCACAGACCCUGCUGCCAUGCUGGGGCCUGAGACGAGUUUGCUGUCAGCCAAUGCAGCCCGGGACGAGACAGCCCGCCUAGAGGAACGCCGUGGCAUCAUCGAGUUCCACGUCAUUGGCAACUCACUGAUGCCCAAGGCCAAUCGGCGCGUGUUGCUCUGGCUCGUGGGGCUGCAGAAUGUCUUCUCCCACCAGCUGCCUCGCAUGCCCAAGGAGUAUAUUGCCCGCCUCGUCUUUGACCCGAAGCACAAGACUCUGGCCUUGAUCAAGGAUGGGCGGGUCAUCGGUGGGAUCUGCUUCCGCAUGUUUCCCACUCAAGGCUUCACGGAAAUUGUCUUUUGUGCUGUCACCUCAAAUGAGCAGGUCAAGGGCUAUGGCACUCACCUGAUGAACCACCUGAAGGAGUACCACAUCAAACACAGCAUCCUCUACUUCCUCACCUACGCUGAUGAGUAUGCCAUUGGCUACUUCAAAAAGCAAGGCUUCUCCAAGGACAUCAAGGUGCCCAAGAGCCGGUACCUGGGCUACAUCAAGGACUAUGAGGGGGCGACACUGAUGGAGUGUGAGCUGAAUCCCCGGAUCCCCUAUACAGAGCUGUCCCACAUCAUCAAGAAGCAGAAGGAGAUCAUCAAGAAGUUGAUUGAGCGCAAACAGGCCCAGAUCCGCAAGGUCUACCCCGGGCUAAGCUGCUUCAAGGAGGGCGUGAGGCAGAUCCCUGUAGAGAGUGUCCCCGGCAUUCGAGAAACUGGCUGGAAGCCAUUGGGGAAAGAGAAGGGCAAGGAACUAAAGGACCCAGACCAGCUGUACACAACCCUCAAAAACCUACUGGCCCAGAUCAAGUCACACCCUAGCGCCUGGCCCUUCAUGGAGCCCGUGAAGAAGGCAGAGGCCCCUGAUUACUACGACGUCAUCCGCUUCCCCAUCGGUGAGGACCUGAAGACCAUGACCGAGCGCCUGCGCAGUCGCUACUACGUGACCCGGAAGCUCUUCGUGGCCGACCUGCAGCGGGUCAUUGCAAACUGCCGCGAGUACAACCCGCCGGACAGCGAGUACUGCCGCUGCGCCAGCGCGCUGGAGAAGUUCUUCUACUUCAAGCUCAAGGAGGGGGGGCUCAUCGACAAGUAGCCACCGCCCCCCCCCCGGCCUGGAGGAGGGGCCCGGCCUCCGCAGCGGCCCCGCCAGCCUCGAGGAGGGGCCCGGCCUCCCGGCUCCCACCCAGCCUCCAGCGCCGCCGCUUCAGACCUCCCCACCUCCCCGGCCCGCAGACACCUCCAGGCCCGAAGCUCCGUCCCUUGCGUCCCACCUCGGGGAGGACACCUCCCGGUCCCAGCCCAGCCCCAGUGGCUGGCCAGAGGGUGAACUGCCGGGCCCUGGCGGCCCCCAGUCCGGGUCCUCAAGGAACUAUGGCGCCUGGCCGGGCCCGGGUGCCUGACUCCCCAAGGGCUGGGACUGCUGCUUGCAGCUUUGGCGCGGGCUUCUGGGGCUGGAAGCGUAGCCCGUCCGGAGGGGUCGAGGCUCACCCUGCACUGUUCUGGCGGUCUGUCUCCCAGGGGCUGAGGGGGGACUUAGGGACCACGCAUUCCUUGGCAUUAAUCCCUCAGAGGGAACAAUAAAGCUCUUUCUUUUUUUUUUU